AUGACUGAAGGUGAUGAUGAUGAUGUUAUUGUGAGGAACAGGAGUAUGAGGUUUCAUGCUGAGGAUAUGAGGGCAGAAUUUAACUUUAGAGUAGGUAUGAAAUUUAUUUCAUUGGAAGAGUUUAAGGUUGCUGCUAAGGACCAUGUUGUUCUCACAGGAAGGGAGAUUUAUUUCCCCAAAAAUGACACAACCAGGGUUAGGGCUGCUUGCAAGAAGGAUUGUAAAUGGGUUAUGUUGUGUAGCAAAGUGGGUGGGAGACAAACUUUUGCAAUUAAGACAUUGAGUGGCCCUCAUACCUGUGCCAGAGUAUUCAACAAUAAGAAUGCUACUUCCAAGUUUGUUGCUAAGAAAUUGGUGGAGAAACUGAGGGGUUCAAGGACAAUGAGGCUCAAUGAUGUUGUUGAUGAGAUGAGGUUGGGUUUUUCCACUAGCAUCACAAGGUAUAGAGCUUGGAAGGGAAGACAGCUUGCUUUGCAGAUAGUUGAGGGAGAUGCAAGCAAACAAUACACAUUGCUCUAUAAAUUCAGUGCUGAACUGAGGAGGGUUUGUGCAGGAAAUACAUGCAAAAUGCAGUUGGAGAAUCUUGCUGGCAGCAUACAACCUAGGUUUGGCAGAUUCUAUAUGUGUCUAGAAGGUUGUAAGAGGGGAUUUCUUCAGGGUUGUAGACCCUUUAUUGGAUUAGAUGGUUGUCAUCUAAAGACAAUGUAUGGAGGUAUUCUCUUAUGUGCUGUAGCAAGGGAUCCUAAUGACCAAAACUUUCCCUUGGCUUUUGAUGUAGUGGAGUCAGAGUGCAAGGAAAGCUGGCAGUGGUUCCUUGAUCUGCUACUGAAUGAUAUUGGUCCAGAUAGAAGGUGGAUCUUCAUAUCUGACCAACAGAAGGGGCUACUGAGCUGUUUGGAGGGAUUUGAACACAUGUUCUGUUUGAGGCAUCUUUAUGCAAACUUCAAGAAGAGGUUUGGAGGUGGGGUUGUAAUUAGAAACCUUAUGAUGGCAGCAGCAAAGACUACUUAUCGCCAACAGUGGGAAGCAAGAAUGUUGGAGCUGAGGGAACAAAAUAAUGCAGCAUGGGAGUGGAUGAUGGGAAUACCUACCAGGUCUUGGUGCAAGCAUGACUUCACCUUCUAUCCCAAGUGUGAUGUGCUCAUGAACAACUUGUCAGAGUCAUUCAACUCCACAAUUCUAUUGGCAAGGGACAAGCCAAUUCUGACCAUGAUGGACUGA